AAAAAUAGAGUUGAGCAACAACUUGGUUGUUAUUUCCCCGAUUGUGCUGUCAUAUCAGUAUGGCUUGUUGGCUUCAAGCCUCAAGACAGUGAAGAAGCUCUUAGGAGCUUGGAGAACACGAGAGACGCAUUGACUGCUUGGAGUGUGAUAAGAAUCGCCCAGAGAGCAUUGUAUCCAUCCAACCUUCAUUCAGUUGUUCAUCAAAGUAGUCGAAGAUUCAGACAAGAAGGGGAAACUGGAUGGUGUUUUUGUUUCGUUCAGAAUCAAUCACACAUUAUUCAAAGCCUUCACCCACGAUACUAAGAGUGACAUUCGAACCUGCUCAAUCCGAACAAGGGUUCUUGUAUCACAAUAAUCUUCCUCUGUCAAACACCUGACAUUGCCACGAUUGGAGCCCGUUCAGUGUCUUUAUUGAGUAGACGUGAAGCGGUUGGUUGAAUCAUGCAAAGAAACUUGCAAAUCGCCAUUUGUUGGCUCCAGAGUUUUAUGAUUGUCUCCUCGGGAAUUCUGACCCCGGAGAAAGAACUCGAAAAGCAGGCAAUCCCCGAUUUGGGGCAGUGGGUUAACCAUCCGAAUUGCGGACGAUCUGACACUGGGCAAGAUUCUUGGUUCGUGUCCAUCAUCAAGUCAAGUCAACGUGACCCAAGUCGAGAGGAGAAACUUUGCUCCGCCAUUCUUGUGACUCAGAGCCAUCUUCUCACUUCGGACUGUCCCACUUUGUCAUCACUUCGACCCGGGGAUGACACGCUCUGGGGGAACUUUGAGAGCCACGGGGAACACAUCAAAGUUUCCUUUCGUCCUGAGGCCAUUUUCCGUACCAACGCUAGUGUAUUCCUUCUCACAUUGGAGCGUCCCAUUCCGAGGAACAGUCCCAUUGUUCCCAUUUGUAUGCGUCAACAACCUCGCACAGAUCUUGAACCGGUUAGAAAACGCACGCCGGUCUGCCGGGAAAAUGGAGGCCUUCUCAAGUGUCAAAGUUCAGCGGACUGUUCCUUCGUUACAAUUGAUGUGGGUUCCACUGGGCAAUCUUUGCUCGGGAUCCAUCUUCCAUCCAGUGUUGAGGGAUGUCAAGAAGUCAAUGAGGGGGAGCAAUCGCUUCUCCGACCUUCGGAGCGAAUGGACGAGCUCUUAAGCCAGAUCCAACCCAAUCAAGCUUGUCCCAAGGCCUCGUUUUGUAACGGAAGGAUUGUAUGUUCCACCCCUUCUGCUACUUCCGGAGCCAAACGAGUAGGCAAGUCCCAAGCGAUCAUCUUUCCUUUGACAACCGACUUGUGUCCGGUUUAUGAACUGUGCUCGGAUCAGGCCAAUGAGUUUGGCUUCCAAUGGGUUCAAUUGCACAUGUCCAACGUGGAACUGUCGAAAGAAUGCCAAUCCUCUCAAAUGGCUCCCUUUGUCGACCCUCGCAUUGGUGAUGAAAUUCCUUCUCAAUUGUCGUCGGAACCCCUGAACUUGUCUUUGGAACAGGAGAUUGAGGCCAAUGCAAGCGUAAACGAUCCGAAACUUGACGAUUACGACUUGGAUGAUAUCGACGAAUCCACCCUAGCAGGCCCAGGCAGACCUGCGAUUCAAAUCGAUCUAGUGGAAAAGACGAGCAAUGAAAACAGUUCCUUGCCAGAAUUUCUGGCAGAGUCCGACUAUGAUGGGCUUGAAGAAGAGGAAGGCGAUCCUUGUGACCUGGCCAGCCCACGUGGAAUGAAGUGUCAAUUCCCUUUUAUGUACGGCGGAGAGAAUCGACAUGAAUGCGUACGAGAUGUGUCGCAAUUCCAGCACGAUCGUUCAAUGUGUGCUUCAAAAGUCGAUCCCGACACGCAAGAGGGCAUCGAAUGGAUCGAAUGCUCGGAAUCUUGCCCUCUCGAAGACUACCAUGGUCACGACGAGAUCGAGGAUGAUUUAAGGUACCUGGAGGAACGUUACCCGGACCAUGUUCGAGUCUUCGAUAUUGGAACCUCUCAAAAUGGUGCCCCAUUAUGGGUCAUCAAUUUGAGUGCCAAUUUAACUAACCGGACCCAAACGGACACGGAACAAUUCCAACUGAGACCGCGAGUGAAAUUCAUCGGAAACAUGCACGGAAACGAACCCGUGGGCCGGGAGUUGCUCAUUCAUUUGGCCAAAUACUUACUACAGGGCCAUGAGCAAAACUACUCAGAAGCCACCCAUAUCUUGGAAGAGAUCAACUUGUUCCUGUUGCCUACCAUGAACCCUGAUGGUUUUAAGCGCGGUAAUGAGACCUCGUGUUCCGGGGGAUCCUAUGAGGCUGGCAGGUUAAAUGAAGGUGGACGGGAUUUGAAUCGAAAUUUCCCCACGUGGCGAGAUUGGCGCAAGUUUCGGUCCGAUGGCCAAUUCGACGUGAAGGCCGAUCGGGAGAAGGAGACCGCUCUACUUAUAGACUGGAUCAUGGGCGGGUAUUUCCACUUGUCCGCCAAUUUCCAUGACGGAGCAGUUCUCGUGAACUAUCCAUGGGACAAUUACCACAACUCAAGGCAGUUCUACGGGAUCUUUGGGACGCCUGAUCAUGAAGAGUUCGUGUCGUUGGCCAAAUCCUACGCCUUAAAUCAUAGAUGGAUGGCCGAUCCCAAGUUCCAGUGCCUGAAUUGGGGGCCUUUCCAGGAUGGGAUCACCAACGGGGCCGAUUGGUAUCCGGUGGAAGGUGGAAUGCAGGACUUUAAUUAUAUGUUUGCCGGCACCAUGGAGGUUCUGGUUGAGGUGUCUUGUUGUAAAUAUCCUGGCCGGAAAGAACUUCUGGGACAUUGGAACGAUAAUCGUCGUAGUCUCUUGGCUUACACGAAACAAGCGCUUAAAGGGAUCAAAGGAUUUGUUCGCGACUCUGCUCUUGAUGAGCCGAUCAAAGAGGCUAAAAUUGCCGUGAAAUCCGACAGAGAGGCAAACUUUAGAGAGUUCCCGGUAAGAUCCGAUCAGUACGGGGCCUACCGCAGGAUCCUCCAAAAACCUGGCCAAUACACAGCCUAUGCUUUCGUCGAGAUUUGGAAUCCCCAAACACGGGCUUUUGAAAUUGUGGCCCAAUCGGAGGAAAAAACCUUCGUGUUCGAUCCGUCCGAACUUGAGGCUCAAAGGAUCGACUUUGUUAUCGAUCUUGAGCGAAAUUCGAAGCCCAAAAAAUCUCGACGUGUUUCAAUAUCCCAAGAGAUCAACGACGAAUUUUUGGAUCGAGUUGACUUCCCCAAUGAGACUCCGGACACUAAUGCGCCAUUGGACCCACCCAAUCGCCGACGUCGACAACCGGAUAAUCUGCCAAACAUCUGGGGAGCAUUCCGACGAAGAUCGACGCGGUUUUGAAUCCCAAAGUAUCAAGUAAUCAUUCUUAAUCAUAUUGUCGUCCCUUGAAAGCCUACUCAAAUAAAUUGCUAUUUUGGAACUUGAUUUCCUUGUUGCUUUGCAAAUGUUCGUGCCCCAAGAACGGCCAAGAAACCCAGUCCAAAGCCUUUUUUUGUCCUAGGAAUCAAAUAAAUUGUUCUGGUCCAACCCAUUCUCAUCCAUCCAGAAGAGACUGAUACGAAGAUCCCCCGAAAAACGCUGAGAAAGAUGACGUCGUUUUGUGGGUUCCCAGGAACUGACUGAACUUGAAACAUUAGAACACAAGUUUCAUGCUGCUUAAUAUUAAUCUUGGGGCUCUCCACUGGUUCCGUCGUGGUACGCUGUGGUCUUCGACCGAGCGAGGAUGGAGUCUUCUUUUGGUCCACCGAAGUGGAACAACGCUUGAACCAUUUUGUUUCCACUCUGAACGAGUAUGUUGCUCCAUGGAAUGUAUCAUACUUCAUUUCCGUUCUCUGUGUAUCCUGAUAAGACUCGACGUCCAUGUUCCCUCCUC